AUGUAUCUAUCGUUAGGACCAAGGGUAUCAUUACGAUCAAAUGGUGCUCAACUCGGAUUUUCCGUUGGUGGUAGCAAAGAUAUAAACAAUUUUCGUGAAAAUAUUCGUAAUGGAUAUUUACCAAUUAUUACAGAUUUAUUGUAUGAAGGUUUGUUCUAUGAGUAUUUUUUUGAUACUGGUAGUAGUGUUAAUAGUCAAUAUGUAUGUGAAAAGUUAUUUUGCCCUACAUAUUCGAUGGCCACUGUGUACAACAAUUCAUUUCCAGAACCAAAGCAACAAUUGCAUGAAUAUUAUAUAACUGUUGGUUUCAAUUCCAAUCUGCGUGCAAGUACAUUUAAACGAAAUCCAUUAAAUUUAGUUGUUGUUCUCGAUACAAGUGAAUCAAUGUCAUCCUCAUUUGAUAGUUAUUAUUAUGAUCGUCCAACAGUCAAGAACAAUAACAAUGGUGACUCACGAUCAAAAAUUCAAAUUGCACUGGAUAUUUUAGUCAAACUUUUAAAUCAUUUAUCAGCAGAAGAUCGUUUAGCUAUUGUUACAUUUAAUACAAAGGCUAAAAUAAUUCAAACAUUCAAACAAUUGAAAGACAUCAAUCUUAAAGUAUUAAACAAACAGUUACUAAACAUUCGAGCACAAGGUUGGACAGAUAUAAGUGCUGGUAUUUCUACCGGUGCAUCAUUAUUUAGUUCACAAUUGCUAUCAGAUGAUUAUGACAAUCGUAUUGUAUUUUUGACCGAUGCUCAACCAAAUGAAGGUAACCUAAGAGAAGAAUCUUUUAUCACCAGUAUCGAACAAUUGGCAUGUCGACAUAUUUACAUGACAUUUAUUGGUGUUGGCAUUGAUUUCAAUACAAAAUUAAUAUCGUCGAUAACUAAACAACGUGGUGCUAAUUUUUUUUCUGUGGGCAAUUCAAAAUCUUUUACACAAUUGUUAGACGAGGAUUUUGAUUUGAUUAUAACACCAUUAAUAUUUAAUUUAACAUUGAAAUUUGAAUCAAAUCAAUUUGAAAUUGAUCAAGUUUAUGGUUCACCGGAAUAUAAACAAUCAACAAAUGAAUUAAUGAAAAUAAAUACAUUGUUUCCGUCGAGAAGGAAAAAUGAUGAUACAACACGUGGUGGUAUUGUUCUUAUCAAAUUGAAAAAGAAGAAUCAAUCGAAUUUAAACACAUUCGACAUACGUUUGACAGUAACAUAUGAAGAUCGUUUGAAUAAAAUAUAUGAAGAAAACCGAUCGAUCAAUAUUUUAAGGACUCAAAAACAAUGCUCAAAAAGUUCUUAUUCGAAUACAGGUAUAAGAAAAGGAAUUUUAUUAGUUAAUUAUGUUACAUUAUUGAAGCAAUGGAUGGUUAAUGAACGUCAACAUAAAUUCAAUGGUAAACCAAUAACAACAAUAUACAAUUAUAGUGACGAGCAUUUUUUAUUUCCACAUAUGUUAAGUGGAUGGGAACGACAAUCAUUACCAUUAGUUGUAUCGGACGUUUAUCAACAGUUAUUUAAAAGAUUUUUGGAUUAUUUUCAAACAGAAAUGGCUGAAUUGAACGAUCCAGACUUGAAACAAGAGGCUGAUUUAUUAAAGUUCUUAAUUGAAUUCGAUAAGUAA